AUGCCGGAGAAGCCCUCGUUUCAAGUUAUUGUUUUGGGCCCGACCGGUGGUCCUCGCGAAGACAAUGUGACGGGCAUUCUGGUGCGAUCAACUUCGACAAAAUGGACACUGAACUCGGUGGUCGCCGUCGAUGCAGGUACAAUGCUUGCCGGCAUCAUUCGACUCUUGGAUAAAUACGUCCCGGGGUCGAAGGAUGAAGAAGGCAUUUUGCAAGAUGGCCCCUUCAAAGGCCUGGAAUUGCCGCAUGAAACAGCACAAGCCAAUGCUGCAUAUAUUUUUCGGGAAAUUAUCGGUGCUGUUCUCAUCACACAUCCCCACCUGAGACCAUAUCUCGGGUUUGGCGAUUAA